AUGGCGCCAGCAAGGAUCGUGGACGACAUCCCAUGGUCGUCCCCUGCUUUUGUACCCGAGCCUUACGAGGGUCCUCCGCGGAAUGUUAAGGCCAUCGACGAGAUCAAGUUCAACGACGCUGUCAAAUAUCCCAAGUACGAGAUACUGGGCACUGAUCCCGACUCGAAGAUCAUCUUCGAAGAUGUCAGUAUCCUGGACUGUACGGGCAAAGAACCAUACCGUGGCGACGUGUAUAUUGAAGGCGGACGGAUAAAGGCCGUCGGCGAUGUUCCCAACAAAGCUGAAAUACUCAAGAACCCAGAUAUUCGGCUCUUCAAAGGGAAUGGACGGACGCUCAUGCCCGGUCUUGGGGACGCUCACACGCACUUCAGUUGGAACGGCGGUGACCUCGCCAGUCUGGGUGGCUUGAACGUCGAGGAGCAUACACUCCUGACUGCCAGAAGUGCAAAAUGUUAUAUUGACUCCGGCUAUACCAUGUGCUACGGAGCAGCCUCUGCCAAAGAACGUCUCGAUGUCGCCAUCCGGGACGCCAUCAAUGCCGGCGAUAUCCCUGGACCGCGCUCAGUUGCGAACGGCAAAGAAAUGGCCAAGCACGACGGCGAUCUGGAGUCGGCAAUCACAGCCUUUGCGGACACACCAGAAGAGAUGCGAGAAGUCAUCAAACACCACACUGGCAUAGGAGUGGACAAUAUCAAGUUGGUCAUGUCAGGAGAAGAGAUUUGCGAAGUCCGGUCCGCCCAGGACUGCUAUUUCACUGAUGAAGAAACUGCCGUCUGUGUAGAAGAAGCCCACAAGGCCGGGAAGUCCAUCUGUGCGCACGCAAGAGCCAGAGACUCGGUGAAGAUGUGCGUCAAGCACGGCGUCGACGUCAUCUACCACGGCUCAUACAUUGACGAAGAAGGCAUGGACAUGCUCGAGCAGGCGAAGACGAAGCACGUAGUCGCCCCAGCCAUCAACUGGCUCGUGGCCACCCUGAACGACGCCGCGGCGUUUGGGUACUCGCACGAAAAGGCCGAACAAGUAGGCUACAAGAAAGAGCUCGACGUCGCCCUCCGCGGCCUCCGCGAAAUGCACAGACGAGGCAUCGUCGUUCUGCCCGGCGGUGACUACGGCUUCGCGUGGACCCCACACGGCACCUACGCGCGCGACCUCGCGCACUUCAAGAACCUCAUGGGCUUCACGGCCCACGAGUCCAUCAUCGCCGCCACCUACGGGGUCGCCAAGCUGAUGCUCCGCGGCGACGAGAUGGGCCAGCUCAAGCCCGGCAACUACGCCGACAUGAUCCUCGUGGACGGCAACCCCAUCGAGGAUAUCGACGUGCUGCAGGACCACAGCAAGUUGAACGUCAUCAUGAUCAAUGGCCGCGUCCACAAGGCCGGGCGCAAGGAGUACGUCCCUCCCCCUGUUGCGGGCCAGGAUUCGAACAAACAUCCCAUUGUGCCGGAUGUGGCGAUCAGGGAUGGGAAGCCUGAGGUCAAGGCUUCUUAG